AUGAUGCCGCGUGACAAACGGAUCGAUUUUGGCGAAUUGUCAGACUUCUCGAAAAGCCUUGUGCUGAGAAACUUUCAAAAUCCCGAAAUGUAAGCGCUAUUUUUGCUGUAAACUUGUACCGAAAUUUUUUCAGAAUAGCCUUCGCGGCGGUCAGUCCACAGUCCAGAGAAGCCGUCGAAAAAGCAGAAAUUGAUUUCUCCGACGAGAAGAUUCGUGUGCUUUGCGGACAGAUCGAGAUAUUGUCCGAUGAGUCGCGUAGUCCGUUCGUUUGGACGUUUUUCAAUAACGUGAACGGAGUGCAAGGCAACACUAUUCAGGUGAGACGGACGUUUUGUAACUUUUCGACAACUAAGAGUGACACUUAAACACUUGAAGCAUUUUAGUUUCAUAACGUCUCUCAUCUCACAAGAUUCCAUGGCCGAAGAGUUUUCUAGGCCUCCACUCUGACUUUGAUUAUAACCUAUUGUUCAGGAUCUCACCGACAACACUCAAGUUGCGCACGAGAUGGACGAUUGGCGUACCGAGUGUGCGAACGUGGAUCAGGCCGUGUGCACCGCCCUUUCGUUCAUCGUCGACCUUCUGAAACGGCCCAUCGAUCGGUUCGAGUGCUCCACAAAGAGCAUCGACAAUUACGCGCGGACGAUGCGCUUGAUCAGCACUCUGGAACUGAAAAAGAUGCAUCUGAAUGUGUACGACGAUUCGGGAGAGCAUUUGAAAGACAUUCUCGCCGCUUUCAAUCCGACCAGCGAGCUUCGUUUACGCGGCCGAAGCGAGCGUUUGGAGAGAAGUGCGGCGCCGUUCGAUCGGGUAAGGACGCAUUGCUUCGAGCAGUUUUGCAGAGUUGAGCGGAAGAAUUUGUAUCUUUUUUAGAAAAUUUUUUCAUGAAAUGACGAAAUGACGAAAUGUAUAGCAAACUAAACUCUGCUCAUAGAAAAAUAAUUGUAAAUUUAACUUUUCAUACAAAAAAGUUAUCCGAGUGGUUCCGUCUCCGGUCUCCAGAGCAUACAAUGGGCGCAAGUGCGCCCCGCCCAAUAGAGCGAUAGCUUGGCGCGAAAUUCAAAUUUUAACAGAAAAAUUUGUCUUUUUUGCCAGAUUAGCCACGAAAAACCGAUAAUUUCUCAUUUGUCUCUCCGAUUGUAUAGGCUAUUACGAAUAUUUUAAGAGCAAGAGCGUUAAAUUUGGUCAAGUCGCAAAUCGCAUUUAUCCGUUUGAAGGUUUUUGGCUAAAACUGCGUGCAUUUCAGUUGCUUUUCGGUAGUUUUCGCGGUUCGAGCGCUCAAAAUGCUUGUAUUUACGUGAUUUAUCAUUCUUAAAACCAAUUCUGUCGUAAAAACGGUCAAGAAAGCGCAAAAUGAAAAGUGCGGUUUUUAGGCGGCGAUCGGCGGCAAAGGCGAAAAAGCAAAGUCCGCGAAAAAUGCGCCGAAACGUCAUUAAUUCUGAGAAUUAGUGUGUUUUCAUGUCGAACAAUCAUUUUUCAUCGCUUUUGACUACAAAAAUCAGAGAAAACCUGCUCAAUUCAUGAAAACGCCAUUUGGCCGCCGAGGCCACGCCCAUAUUGUCAGCUCUGGAGACCGUGUUCCGCUCAACUCUGCUGUUUCGCAAAGAAAGCCCUUAAAAAAUUUUGCGCAAGUGUGCUCUGGUUGCAGGCCUUCGUCGGAAACUCUGUAAUUAUCGAAGAUUUGGGAGACUGGGUCACUCCCGACGAUAUUCUCAACUCGAACUUGGCCAAACUCAGCGUAUACGCGCCGUCGUUCACCACAGUUUUGCGAACUGUCAAUCAAUUCGUCAAGAAUUGGCUCGCCGGACAGUAUCCGAUAUUCAAUUUGUUGUACGUAGAGUGUCAAAACGUGAAGAACUACGAUAUGGAGGAUAUUUCGUUUGUGCCGCCACUGCUCGACGGUCUUGAAGUUCUGCCGUACGGAGCCGCUUCACCAAUGGGACCGCCCACGGAGUAAGUCUUUUCUAGUAAGUCUUGUAACAUCAAUUUCUGCGUUUGUAGCAACACGAUGGCAAUGAGAACUGGUCGAGAUAUUGUCCGUCCGGACGGUAGUGUCGGCACGUUGGCGUGCAACAAAAAGGCGAUAAUAUUCUUGGUUUGGAGCGAGUGGAACGUUGAACAAUUACAGCCGGGACCUCCGCCUCCUGUGGAACUAUUUCUGUGA